CCUUCUACUCUCUGAAAAGCAAUGAAAAAAAUGUCCUCAGGUGAGGAUUAAAAAAAAAAGUAGACCUUGUCUCUACUCUGCAUAUUACUUUCAUUCUCAGCAGAGGUAUUAUAUAAACAUGUCCUAGGGUAUAAAUUGCUAUAAGGAAUAUUAACACACUGAGUCACGCCAGUUGGGCCCAAAUAUAGUUCUUAUUCUGCAACAUUUAGAUUGUCCUAAAUGGUUACUUUACAUGAAGGCAUUUUGUAAAAACAGUUUUAUUUCAAACUAAGGUUAUGAGAGAUUAUAGAAUGAAUCACUGUUUUCUUCUGUCCUAGUAGUUGGUAACGUUGAUGAUCCUCAGUGUCACUUGCAAAGUCAGAAGAGUGUGAAACGAUGCUGUGAACAUAAUAUGUUUGCAAAUAUUGUUAAUCAGAGAGAAGGCCAUUGCCUUUUAAAGCAAAAUUGCAAUAUGUUUGAGAUACGUGAAAAACUUCUAAUAUCAAAUUUAAGUUUUGAAAACCAAAACAGUAGCUGUAACUUAAAGAACUUUGUUGAUUGGAAUGGAGAUGGGACACCCAUUCUGCAUGCUAACCAUGAACAAUUUUACACUAAAAUUAAAUUGCCUGUCAGUACCAAGCCUAUCAAUAAUAAGUCCCAGGUUAUUCAGCAACAGAACACUCACAACAUAGAGGAAGCCCACAUACGCAUUGAAUGUGGGGAAGCCUUCAUGAAGAUGUCUCAGCUCAGUGGUCAUCAGAGAGUUCAUACUAGCGAAAAACCUCAUGGAUGCAGUCCAUGUAGUAAAACCAGCUCCAGAAAAUCUAGGCCCACUGAAAAUCAAAGAAUUCAUAUAGGACCAAAACAAUAUGAAUGCACUGAAUGUGAUCAAACCUUCCUCAAGACAUCACAGUUCAAUAUACAUCAGAAAACUCACAUGGGACAGAAACGUUAUACUUGUAGUGAAUGUGGGAAAGCGUUCACCAAAAAGUCUCGGCUCAUUUAUCAUCAGCGAACUCAUACAGGAGAGAAACCCCAUGGAUGCAGUUUAUGUGGGAAGACCUUCUCUACAAAGUUCAGUCUCACUACCCAUCAAAAAACUCAUACAGGAGAGAAACCCCAUGGUUGUAGUCUAUGUGGAAAGACCUUCUCUACAAAGUUUUGUCUCACUAACCAUCAGAACACUCAUACAGGAGAGAAACCCCAUGGAUGCAGUCUAUGUGGGAAGACCUUCUCUACAAAGUUCAGUCUCACUACCCAUCAGCAAACUCAUACAGGAGAGAAACCUUAUAUAUGCACUGAAUGUGGAAAAAGCUUUUCAGUGAAGCGCGGCCUUAUCCUACAUCAGCGAACUCAUACUGGAGAAAAACCCUAUGUAUGUAAUGAGUGUGGGAAAGACUUCACCUGGAAGAACACUCUCAUCAGACAUCAGCGGGCACAUACAGGAGAGAAGCCGUAUGUAUGUAGUGUAUGUGGAAAAGGCUUCACCAUGAAGACUGAUCUCACUGUACAUCGAAGAACUCAUACUUCAGAGAAACCAUAUCUGUGCAGUGAGUGUGGGAAAGGCUUUUCAAUGAAGCACUGCCUCAUUGUACAUCAGCGAAUUCAUACUGGAGAUAAACCUUAUGUAUGUAAUGAGUGUGGGAAAGGCUUCCCCUGGAUGUGCCCUCUCAUCAGACAUCAGCGAGGACAUACUGGAGAGAAGCCCUAUGUGUGUAGUAUAUGUGGAAAAGGCUUCAGCAUGAAGGGUGGUCUCACCGUACAUCAACAAACUCAUACUUCUGAAAAACCAUAUAUGUGCAAUGAAUGUGGGAAAGGCUUUACUCAGAAGUAUAAACUCAAUGUACAUCAGCGUACUCAUACAGGAGAGAAACCUUAUGUAUGCAGUGAAUGUGGAAAAGGCUUCCCAGUGAAGAGCAAGCUGAUUGCACAUCAACAGAUUCAUACAGGACGGAAACCUUAUAUACUGUAGUGAAAGGAGAAUGACUUCACCUUGAAGAACCCUCUCAUCUGACACCAUUGAACACAUACAGGAGAGAUGCCUUAUGUAUGUAGUAUAUGUGGAAAAGGCUUCACUGUGAAGACUCGUCUCAGUGUACAUUCACUUAUAUGGGAGAGAAACCCUGUUUUGUGAUGAAUGUGUCAAAGGCUAAACUGGAAAAAGCAUGCUCAUUGCACAUCUGCAAAUUCAUAUGCAGAUGAACCGUAAAUAUGCAGUGGAACGGACUUCACCAUGAAGAAUACUCUGGGUGUACAUCAACAAACUCCACUGCAGAGAAGCCAUACAAAUGCAAUGAAUGUGGUGAAGGCUUUAGGAAGAAGACAUGCCUCAUACAACAGCAGAGAUUUCAUCAAGGAAAGCCUUCCUUUGCAUGUUCUGAAUGUGGAAAAUUCUCAUUGUUAUAAAAUGAUCUCAUUACCCAUCAGAAUUGACAUGGGAGAGAAACCCUAUGAAUGUAAUAAAUAUGGGAAAGCCUUCACUAUGAAUUCAGGACUCAAUGCUCAUCAAAGAAAGCAUACAGGAAAGAGGCCCUAUGGGUGCAGUGAUUAUGGGGUAGCUUUUGCCCACUUGUUAAUCCUUGUUAAACAUAAGAGAAUUACAGAAUACACUUUUGGGAAAACCUGUUGCCAGUUGCAGGCCCUCAAGAUGAUAAUGUGCAGUGAAGAAUAAUUUAAUGCAAAGAAUGUAUUGCUGUAUUUACUGUCCAAUUACCUCAUUUUAUAUCGGUGAAAAAAUUUACAAAACAACUCAGAUACAGUGAGCCUUGGUGAAAAUAUUUUAGAACAUUAUAUGUCUAAAAUGUGUAUACUGUGAUAAAUCCUAUGAAUGUGAUGGACUAAAGAAACUCUUUAGUGGGAAGUAGAUCCUUCCAUAUGUGAUCAUCAGAGAUCAUGAAUGAAUAUUUUUAAUUGUGGGAAAGCGUCUUCCAAAAAGUAAGGCAUCAAGAGAUGUCAGUUCAUACUAGAGAAAUAGUUUUUUCUGGCAGUGAAUAUGGCAUGGUUUGCAAUUUAUGUUACUUCAUCUUUUGCCAGGAAAUCCAUCCAGAAAUAACUCAUAAAUAUUCAAUUUGGUGGCAAAACCUCAGGUAACUUAAUCAAGGAAAGAAGAAUUGAAUGAAAAACCAUUCUGCCAUAUGACUAAACAUAUACCUCACAAGCCAUUGGUGCCAGGAUACCUUCAGCCAUAUUUCUAGUUGCCUUGUCAUUGAUAUUAUAAGUUUCAAACUGGCAGUUGCCCUCAUUGUGGAUUAAACUUUAAUAUAUACAACA